AUGAUUUCCUUCACGGUGUUGCCGGGGGCCCGGAGUCUCCUUGAGGACUUUUUGAUGCGGCCACGGCAGCCCUCCGCGCGGGAUGGGCGGCACUCGGAGGGCGUGAGUCGGGCCGCGCCACCCGCACGAGUGCGCUGGGGCCAAGCUGAACGGCCAAAAAAUUCAGCUGCAGCGCGCCGCCAGCUACUCCGUAUUCAUGAGGUGAGCAGCCAACGGGCGGUGGAAACCAAUGAAGGGAGAUCCCAGCCCGGCAAGAGGGAGAUGCAGAUGCGCAGUCUGCCGGUACCAAAGGAG